CUGUAGUUGACUUUACACGUUAUUGUUCUGGAUAGUGGCUUUUAAAGUUGGUUAAGUUAUAAAAGAGUUCCUAUGGUUGGCUUCGGAUCUGGGGACAGAUAUUUUUUUAUUAAACUUUUAUUCUUAUAGCCAUCUGAGUGAAAGCGAUUACCCCUGCAGUUUGCUGACUACUUUAUAGUGAAGCAGGAUGAUUCAUCAUCAUGGAAUGACUUACCACUGAUUCAGUGAUCAACUGCAUUUCUUCAUUAAUAUCCUGUAUGGAAAUCUCCUAAACUACACAUAGCAGCAUCUACAUUCGCUGCUGCUGUAGUCACAUCGGCAAAAUCAUGAUUAUGUGUACAGCCAUCAAAAAGGUUUCGCGAAGGUGCAAAUAUGCUGUUCUGAUUGGUCUCUUGUUGUCAGUCCUGGCUUGGAAGGCCAGCUUUACUGGGGACACUAACAAGACCAUUGAUGAUAACUUUGGUACAAUACAAACUCCUGUAAAAGAAGACAAACUGAGGGAUGAACUUAACUCAAGGAUUGCAGAACCCAGUCACUCAAAUAUUUCAGCAGAAAAAGAUGAGUGUCCAGAGAAGUCUCCAUUGCUAGUGGGAGCUUUGAAGCUGACCUUUGAAUCUUCACUGAACCUCAAGGAUGUAGAAAAGGAAAACAACGUAGUGACUAAAGGAGAGUAUGAGCCCUCAGACUGUAAAGCAAGGCACAGUGUAGCCAUCCUCAUUCCACAUCGUAACCGGGAGAGACACCUCCUCUACCUCCUGCACCACCUGCACCCCUUUCUGCAGCGGCAGCAACUACAUUAUGCCAUUUACGUCAUCCAUCAGGCCGGUGAUGCAACUUUUAACAGAGCCAAGUUACUUAAUAUUGGAUAUUUAGAGGCAAUAAAAGACUUUAGCUGGGAAUGCUUCAUCUUCCAUGAUGUGGACCUGGUUCCCGAGAAUGAUCACAAUUUAUACAUCUGUGACCAGCAGCCCAAACACCUGGUAGUCGGCCGCAAUGUCACCGGAUACAAACUCCGUUACAAAGGCUACUUUGGUGGAGUCACUGCCAUGACCAAAGAUCAGUUUUUUCAAGUCAAUGGUUUCUCAAACAACUACUGGGGAUGGGGUGGAGAAGAUGAUGACCUUAGAGUGAGAGUUGAACUGCAAAAAAUGAAAAUUGUGCGUCCUCCUGCUAACAUAGCGCGCUAUACCAUGGUGUUUCACGAACGAGACACUGGAAAUCAGGUUAACAAAAACAGGAUGAGGUUAUUAGGACAAACGACAAAGAUGUGGAGAGUUGAUGGACUCAACAGCUGCGUAUAUGACACUUUAUCAGUCGGGAAGUAUCCUCUCUAUGUGAAUAUCACAGUUAACAUUGGUCAGCCUCAGAGCUGAGAACUGAAAGAGAACAAGUUUUAUUAUUUUCAGUUCGGGCCACAUCAAGAUCCUGAAUUUCCUCAAAGAGCCAGAUGUGGAAGAAUUUAUUAAUUCAACUACCUAUUAACAAAACAGUUUAGAUAAUAUGGCUUGACAUGAUCCCAAGGCAUAUUGUGACCCCCAAUAGGUCAGCCAACUGGAUGUAGGGCAACUUCAACAGUUCUUCACAUUGAUGUACUUUGGCACUAAAAACUAAUUUGGUUCUUCUGGUAAAAUAAUAUUUAAGCACACAACCAGUAUCUUCAAGUUCUAUAUUUAUGUUGCCCUAUGGAGACAUGAGAGCCACACAAACAGAUGUGGCGGGCCAGAUUUGGCCCCCGUGCCUUGAGUUUGACACCCAUUAUUUUCUAUGAGGUCGAGACCACUGUCUGCUGAAAGGUUAUUAAAAAACUGACAAACUAAAUUCUUUUUGGUGAGAUGAUAUUCAGAUAUUUAGCACAGUUUUACAUAUCAUUCCAUGUUUUAUUUCUUUAUGUUGUUAGGAAUGUAAUCUUCAUUCAUUGAAUUGUUAACUUCAACUGUCAUUCCAGUAGUUUUUUAUAUUUUUUUUCUAUACCAUUGUUUCCUGUCAGACACUGUUUAAUUCACACUCAUGCCUUAUUAUUUUCCUGUUUCUUCACCACUUCAUACUGACUAGGUCCUUGUUUUGGCACCUGAGAAGCAAUGACUGGUUGUUGUAUGAUCUUGUAAUGUGAUGCUGAAUAGGUUCCAGGAUGCAGGUUUUCUUAUAGAAAGAGAUUACAUAGUGAUGCCAGCAGAGGUAAACAUUGCCUAACAAUGUCUUAAUAAGGAGGAAUUUAUACUAUUGAUUUUUUGCACAUGCAGUACCUCAAAUGUAAGCGGACCGUUUGCAGUGAUAAGCAAAGGUAAGAAUAGCCUUCAGUCUUUCUUUUUUUUCUCAAGUGAUAAGCACAAAGUUGAAAGCUUUUUGGGAGGAUUUUUUGUGACGGAACAACACAAAAUCAUGCAUCAUUCAGAAAUGGAAUGAUUGUCAAUGUAUUUUGCAAAUUGUGUAAUAAGAUGUAUAUUUCUUGCAUAAUUACUUGGCCAAACAACAUUUUUGCUGAGAUUGGAGCUUCAAGAUUUCCUGUCUCUACUCAACAGAAAGUGGUUUUUUUAAUGUGAUACACAUAAGGGUAUCAUCCAUAUCUUUGCAAUGCCCUGUGUUGGGAAAGCUUUUCAAUUCCAGAUUGAUCACAUCGUAUCUCCAGCAGGAUCAGUUCAUAUUGCUGAUUUAUCACCUUUUAGCGUUAUUAGAACUACUACAGGUCAUAUAAGAUCUAAAUAUGAUCAUUUUGGUUAGUGAUGAAGGAUUCAGAUUUGUAUCAGUUUGACAGCAAAUGACAAACAAAACUUCUUCCUAGAUUGAAAAAACACCUUACAAAUCCAGUAAUAUCAAUAUACUAUGGUUAAUAUGAAGUCUGAAAUGCAGUAGGAGAUGUUAUGAUCGUUUAAAGUGGUGGAUUUGCUCCUUUUUAAAGGUAGUCUCAUAGUGACACUGAUGUUUUUUACUUUGAAAUUUGUCUUAUACUUAUGGUAUAAUUUAAGGUUACGAUGCCAUUGUAAGUUUUAUUACUCCAAAGUCAUUUUUAGUUAUAUUUAUACUUCUCUUGCAUUAGUAAAAAAAAAUCUGCUCUAGUAACUUAAAUCAUAGGAAGUUUUUAUAAGAAGCAGGUUUAAUGAGCCUAAAUUAUUUUCUUUGUAAUUUUAAAGCCUUAUAUGCUUUGUUUUAUGUGGUACUUACUAAUAGGUGAUGGAUUGCAUACCACUUUGUAACUUUUAAAUGACGGAAGGAAAAUCUGCAUAUUUGCUUCUAUUGCAUCAUGUUUCUGACAUAUAUCAAUUUUUAUUAUUAUUAUUUUUAUAUCAUUGUAGAACAUUUUAAAUUCUUUUUUUGAUACUGAAAAGUGUGCCCUUGCAUAGCACUGUCACUAUUAACACUCCAUGUAUGUUUUUUGUGUCAGAAUCGCGAAAGGUUGCUUCUCAUUAAGGAAGCAUUUAUGUAUGAGAAACAAUUUUGCACACCUCAUAAAUUGGCAGUAUGCUGUAGUACUAGUAGUUUACAACAUGUUUUAAACACUAAAUGUGUAUUUUUCCCCCAAUCUCUCCUUAAUGAAUUACAUUUUUAUUUUGGCUGGUAGAAUGAAUGUGUAGACAGGUAAAGAAAAUCAUUUAGUUUUGAAACAACUUAGCUGACAUUUUAAAGUUUAAAACAAUGCUAUUUGAACUCUUGAAGAAUGUCACUUGAUCAAUUUUAUUUUCAAAGCUUUUUUUGUGUGGAUGUGUUAAAAGUGAGAUUCUUAUUUUGAGCCUUUUUUGUAUCUUUAGAUUUUUACAAUCUUAAAAUAAAAUAGUUUCUCUAAUUGAUUCUACUGAUGUUUUUUGUUGUUGGUGCUUCAUCAAAGAGUUGUAAAACUGGUUUGUACAGUUUACCCUUUAUGUAAUAUUUAAUAAAGAGGUGUUUACUGUUUCAUACAGGGCCAAGUCAGUUUGGAUAGCUUUGUUUCUUUAUGAAUAAAAUCAUCAUUUAGAAAUUA